CCGUAUGCUUCCGCUUGCCUGCACGCGUCUUGGCGUGCGGGGCGCGGUUCGUCUGGGAGUGAUGGGUUUGCGGACCGUGUUGGCGGAUGAGUGGUGUUUGGGUCUUGAGUGCUGUCUGGCUCCUUGCCUCGCGCAACGAACGGGCGCACCGGAUCCUCUCCAUGUGUGGGCUCGAGCUACCGUGCUUGUUCCACUGUUGUGCGGCUCCUGUGUUUCCUACCCCGUGGUGCGGUAUCCCUGCCUUGCCCCAACCUUUCCUCUCCGGAGUCCCCUAGUGGGAUUGCCGGGGGAGUUCCAAGACACGCCCGUGGUCCUACCCGUCUCGGCGCUCUGCACGGCAACGGUGGCCUGCGUGCGCGUUCUGUUCUCGCUGGUGCGGUGCACGCGGUUGGGAUGGGGUCUUAGAUCCCCGUCUGUCCCUCAGAUGAUUCGGUUUCUCGGAAAGACGCCUUGCCGCCUUGCCUUCGAAAGCUUCCCCUCGCGGGGGGCGUCGGCAGCUCGGCGCGCAGGGUCGGUGACGGAUGCUACCUGGUUGAUCCUGCGUCGGGCUCCCCCGCCCCCCACGGAGGCACCCGCCGUUGCAACGAUGGCUCGGAGCGUUGCAACGGAGGAGCCAAAUUUUCAUAUCUCAGAAUUGGCUCGUGCAUUUUUCGUGAAAUUUUGAGGGAACCUUGGUAAUAUUAUGU